AUGGCACAGAAGCUUCAACAACUAAACCAUCUUGAGAUUUGGUGGUGCUCAGAAAUGGUGCAAAUUAUCUCAACAGAGCAAGAUGAGGAUAUUCCAAAAGGAAGCUCAUUAAUUAGGAAGUUGAAUUCAACAACUAAUCCAUCUUCAUCAGUACUUCCAACUGCAAUUUUUGGCAAACUAAAGCUCCUACAGAUCUUUCAUUGUGAUAGCUUGAAGCACAUCCUACCAAUGAGUUUGGCCCAAGGUGUCCUACAACUAGAAAAAUUUCUUAUUAGUGAUUGUUGUAAUCUUGAGCAAAUAAUAAUUGUGAACAGAGACAGAGAAAAGCAGGCCAUGGGCACGGCGGUGUUUCCUCAUCUAAGGGUUCUGGAGUUACUCUCCCUGCCCAAUCUCUCGAUGGUGAGCGAAGGGGUGUUAUGCCAUGAUUGGCCUUUAUUGGAAAUAUUGAAAGUUCUGCAAUGCCCCAAAUUGAAAAGGCUCCCUGUGAAUCCACAAGCUGCAACAAAACUAAGGGAAAUUGUGGUAUCAGAAGAAUGGUCCAAUGUGUUGAAGUGCGAUGACCAAAGUGUUGACAUGUUGCACUUACAAGAAAGAGAUAAGCAAUUAGGCUGUUACAUUCUUGCAAAUUGGAGUUUGGGAGAUAGCGAUUGA